CGAGGAGGAGCCUCGAAUCCAGCCAGGCCAGGCUCCUCCCAUUCCUCCUCUCCCACGAGCUCUCACCGCUCCUCGCGGCGGCAAAACCCCCCUUGAAUUCCCUACGCGCCCGCCUCCAAUCCCGCCAGUCCGGCGGCGACCCAGGGAUCCAUGGAGAGGUACGAACUGCUCAAGGACAUCGGUUCCGGCAACUUCGGGGUGGCGCGGCUGAUGCGGAACAAGGACACCAAGGAGCUCGUCGCUAUGAAGUACAUCCCGAGGGGGCUCAAGAUUGACGAGAAUGUGGCGAGGGAGAUCAUAAACCACCGCUCGUUGCGGCACCCCAACAUCAUCCGCUUCAAGGAGGUCGUGCUCACGCCCACGCACCUCGCUAUCGUCAUGGAGUACGCCGCCGGCGGCGAGCUUUUCGACAGGAUCUGCAGCGCCGGGAGGUUCAGCGAGGACGAGGCGAGGUAUUUCUUCCAGCAGCUUAUCUGCGGUGUCAGCUACUGCCACUUCAUGCAAAUUUGUCACCGGGACUUGAAGCUGGAGAACACGCUGUUGGAUGGCAGCCCGGCGCCGCGCCUAAAGAUCUGCGACUUUGGCUACUCUAAGUCAUCGCUGCUGCACUCAAAGCCUAAAUCCACGGUUGGAACUCCGGCGUACAUUGCUCCGGAGGUACUCUCUCGCCGGGAAUACGACGGCAAGAUGGCAGACGUUUGGUCUUGUGGAGUGACUCUUUACGUGAUGCUGGUUGGUGCAUACCCUUUUGAGGACCCCGAUGAUCCCAAGAAUUUCAGAAAAACGAUUGGGAGAAUAGUGUCAAUUCAAUACCAGAUACCAGAGUAUGUCCACAUAUCCCAGGAUUGCAGACAGCUCCUUGCUAGGAUCUUCGUCGCAAAUCCUGCAAAGAGAAUAACAAUUAGGGAGAUUAGGAAUCACCCCUGGUUCCUGAAGAAUUUGCCCAGAGAGCUUACAGAAGCUGCGCAAGCGAAGUACUACAAGAAGGACAACGGUGCCCCCACCUUCUCUGAUCAAACAGUCGAAGAGAUCAUGAAGAUCGUAGAGGAGGCCCGCACGCCGCCCCAGUCGCCUGCUCCAGUGGCUGGUUUUGGUUGGGCAGAGGAAGAAGAGCAGGAAGAUGGGAAGAAACCUGAGGAUGACGAGCAGGAUGGGGAGGAUGAGCAAUACGACGGCGAGGACGAGUAUGACAAACAGGUGAAGCAAGUACAUGCCAGCGGGGACUUUCGACACCUAAUAAAAUGAAGCUCCUAGCAAGACCGAGUUCUCAACUGAUGAGAUACUGUCUGGUUUUGCUGUAGUUUGUGGUGCUAAGAUGAUGCACCCUCGGUGCUUACGUAGUAUACUUCUGUCUGGAUUCACCUUUUUUUCGCAUAUUGUGUUAAUACUCUGUAAAUUAUCAAACUGGCUUCCUCAAUGCUCGUGUAAUUAAAUGAACCGUUGAGUGAUUAAGCUAGAAGGCAAGAUAUACUUUCUAUGGAGUAAAUUCUGAAAGUAUCAAUAUGUGUUGAACUAGACUAAUUUAAAUUUUAUUUUCGCAACCAUUACAUACUAUUGAAUAGUCUAUUUCAUUCUGUGUACCUAG